AUGGAGUACCUUUUGUCCGAAGAACAACUGUAUUGCAAAUGCAACUGUUCUCGCCCAUUUCCAACAUCUCACGCGAUUCCCCUGCCAAUCAGCGCGCGCUUGCCAUUUCCAAACCUGCACGAUCCCGCCGCAGUCGACCACCACCUCGAAGGCGUCCGCCGGCCAUGGAGCUGUAGACGAGCCGCGGGCGACGAGCUCUGCCAUCAAAAUUGGGACUGCACACACUUCACUAAACAUUCAUUCCGAGGCGCUUUGCAAAUAUACUCCGAUAUGGAAUGGCAGCCGCAGCAAGAGAACCUGAGCCAACUGGCUCAGUAUCUCCGCGACUCAUUGAGUGGACAUGACAUCCGAGCACAGAAGAAUGCUGAGCAAAUGCUACGGAAAGCCAAAAGCUCUCUGGAUAUCAACAACUACUUAGUCUACCUCUGCACCACACCAACCUCUACCACCGGACUGAACGAGCAAUCAUAUCAUGCUGCACGGAGUGCUGCAGCUAUUAUGCUCAAAAAUAACGUCAAAGCAUCUUACCGCACCAUCCCGGAAGAGAGCAAAGCAUAUCUCAAAUCUCGUGUGCUACUCGGCCUGCAAGAUCGCAAUACGCAGAUCCGCAACUACAUCGGAAAUGUCAUCACCGAGGUUGUACGACAGGGCGGCAUACUAGGAUGGACGCAAGUCCUGCCCGACCUCGUCAACAUGGUAACGAAUCAGAACGGCCGAGCUUCCACCGAGGCACAGGAUGGUGCCAUGGGUGCGCUAUUCAAAAUUUGCGAAGAUAACAAGAAAGCCCUGGACCAGGAGUAUCAAGACCAGCGACCGCUUGCGUAUUUGCUACCUGAGCUGCUGAAGUUCACAACAAGUCCAAACUCAAAGGUGAGAUCGCGAGCGCUAGGCGCUAUCAAUAUCUUUCUCACCGAGCCUGUGGCUCUUACGGUCCGCGAGAAUAUCAACGAAAUCUUGCCGGCUAUCGUGAGAUUGUCGUCAGAUGACAACGAUGACGUACGGCGAUUUGUGUGUCGAGCCUUCGCGUUGCUCGCCGACGGGCUGCCUCAGGUGCUUGUCCCACACGUGCAGGGCAUCGUCGAGUAUACGCUUUCUCAACAAAAGGAUGUCCAUAACCAAGAGCUUGCGCUAGAUGCUGCGGAGUUCUUCUUCGAGGCUAGCAGUAAUACAACAUUACGAGAGGCACUUGGACCAUACCUGGCCCGGAUUGUGCCGGUGCUGCUUGACAGCAUGAUAUACAGCGAAGACGAUCAGCUCCGACUAGAGGGCGAUGAAGACGAUGCAGACCUGGAAGAUGAAGCCAAGGACAUCAAACCCACAUUUGCGAAGGAAAAGACUUCAAGAGCAGACACCGCGAGUGGUGCAACCCUAGCCAAUGGCCAAAACAAGCCUGCUAUCAAUGGUUUCGCCUAUGAAGAUGAUGACGACUUGAGCGAUGGCGAGAUCGAUGAGGACGAAGACUUUGAUGACAUCGAUCCCGAGGAGGAAUGGAAUCUCCGCAAAUGCUCAGCAGCCUCUCUUGACAGUCUCGCGAGCCAUUUCCAUGGCGUAGUGUUUCGCGAAGUCCUGCCAUGGUUGAUCGAGAAUCUCAAGCACAAAUACUGGCCCAAUCGCGAAGCAGCAGUACUUGCGCUAGGAGCCAUUGGACCAGGUUGCAUGGACGACAUCAAACAACAUCUUGCUGAGCUCAUACCUUACAUGUUGUCACUUCUCAACGAUCAGCAGCCGGUCGUGCGCCAGAUCACCUGCUGGUCACUCAGUCGAUUUGCCUCAUGGGCGGCACAUGAUGAAAGUGCUCCCAAGAAUCAGUUUUUCGAGCCCAUGAUGGAAGGCUUGCUGAACCGUAUGCUGGACAGCAACAAGAAAGUCCAAGAGUCUGCAGCCUCGGCAUUCGCAUCUCUCGAAGAGAAAGCCAAGACUGCGCUGACGCCUUACUGCCACAUCAUUCUUCAGCAAUUUGUGAAGUGCUUCGGGAAGUACAAGGACAAAAAUAUGUACAUCCUUUACGAUUGCGUGCAGACUUUAGCAGAGCAUGCAUCACCCACCCUCGCGCAGCCCGAGAAUGUCGACCUUCUCAUGCCGGCGAUGAUAGAGCGUUGGGAGCACGUGCAUGACCAAUCCCGCGAAAUGUUCCCUCUACUGGAAUGCUUGUCGUUCGUCGCCACAGCUCUUGGGGCGCAAUUCUCCCCGUAUGCCGAACCGCUCUUCGCUCGCUGCAUUCGCCUCAUUCAGCAGAACUUGGAAGAGGGCAUCAAUGCUGAACAGUCCUUCCUGGAUCAGCCAGACAAGGAUUUCCUCGUCACAAGCUUAGAUUUGCUGAGCAGCAUCAUUCAAGCACUCAACGAGUCGCAAAGCACCAAGUUGGCAGCCAGUGCUCAGCCAAACAUGUUUCAGCUUCUGGCGUUCUGUAUGAAGGAUAGCAACAAUGAUGUUCGCCAAUCUGCUUACGCCCUUUUGGGAGACUGCGCAAUCUACAUAUUUUCGCAGCUGCAGCCAUUCCUGCCUGCGGUCAUGGAGAUUCUCAUCCAGCAACUGGACAUCAACGAGCCGACUGAAGAUCCCGAGACAGCCUUCAGGGUCAUCAACAACGCUUGCUGGUCUUGCGGUGAGAUUGCGAUGCGGCAGAAAGAAGGCAUGGAGCCAUACGUUGAUCGGCUUCUCGCCAAAUUAGCAGUCAUCAUGUUCAGCGCCGAAGUACCCGACAGUCUCAACGAGAAUGCUGCAAUUGCCUUGGGCCGUCUCGGCAUCGGUUGCCACCAGCAAUUGGCACCGCAUCUAGCCAACUUUGCGCCACCGUUCUUGCACUCGAUGCAAAAGGUCAGCUGGACUGACGAGAAGGGCCACGCCUACAAAGGCUUUGUGAACGUUGUCCUCGAUAACCCACAGGCGCUCGAGAAGUGCUUGUUGGAUUUCUUCAUGGAGAUGGCCAAUGCUCCCGGCGUCUUCCUCACCGGCAUGCAGGAUGAUGGACCUCUCGCUGGCUUUGAACGCGUUCUGGUACAGUAUAAGCAGAUGAUUGGAGGCGAAGGAUUCGACAACUUCCUUCACAACUUGCCACCACCAAAGGAGCAGGCACUGCGCCAGCUGUACUCAUUCUAGGGAGGUGAUUACUGCAUGGUGCAGCCCUCGUAUGUCGCCAUGGCCUGAGACUCGUGGGUCCGAUUCAAAUCCAUCAUUUAUCCGACGAGGCGUUUUUGCUUACGAUACCAAUCUACAUAGCGUGGUUCACCGAUUGAGUGUUUGAUUUUCAGCGUAGCAUCUGUUCGCAAUAGGCGGCAGCGCAAAAAGGAUUUCAUGGCGCGGCGUUUGUUUGCAUUGCUUCGAAAGCGCAAGGUGGUCUCGCAGUGCAUCCAAACGUCUGGAAGUCGAUGCUGCGACAAGCUUUGCAUGGGAGGAAUGUAUUUCGAAGUAGCGAAAAGAAGAGACUUGGGAAGACGAGAUGAGAUAUGCCUGAUGAGAGGCUAGUAGCAUGAGAUAUGCUACUAUUGCUUUUAUGAUGCCCGAGGAGAAGGGCAGCGCUUUUGGAAGCGAAGAUGUAUAUAGUUAGAUAGCUGAGAAGGCAUAUAGCCUGCAAGAGAGAAUGCGGACACACUG